AUGGCAACCAAAUAUAUCUCUAGUUUAUGUUGGAAAAAGUUCCUUAACUUGGUCUUCGUCUUAUUUCUACUAACACCCGCCGUAGUAAACUUCUGGCGAGGAACAUGGUAUUUGUUCGACCUUUUCCUUUUUCCUGGUGACGCAGUUGUCAGUGCCAUAGUUGGGGCCACUGCGAGUUUCGGAGUGAUUUUCAUGAUAACAGUAAUAGAGGAUCAUUUAAAGAAAUUUCUAAACGGUGCGAAAGCGAAAAAUGCAUUGUUUCGCGUUCUUAUUUACCUUCUGUCGAUCUUGUGCGUCGCUUCAUGGAGAGGUCUGUGGAUGAUAGUGGAUUAUUACACUACUAAUUCUUCUACAAGCGCCGGUGUUUGCCAUGGAAUUGGAUUCUUUAUUGUUUUGAUGUUGAACACGCCGAGAUCUAUAAUCGCUGUUCCAGGUUACUGCGUCAGUGAGAGACAGACUGAACCAUCAGAAGUAAUUCUUACCGUUAAGCAUUGUUUAAGAAGCAAGACAGCAUGUUACUCACGGAUAUGGAAUAGUUUUGUGACCGUCUUUAUUAUUGGCGCGGGUGUUAUAGUGUAUUGGAGGGGGACAUGGAUAAUCGUGGCUAGUGUGACAUGGCCAUGUGGGUCGAAAUUUAAAUCUUCAGUCCUUGCUUUAGGCCUGGGGUAUGCUGUAUUCAUUGCAUGCUAUUUCAUGAGCGAGUACUUGUUGUCCUCUGAAUUAUACAUGGCACAUGUCUUGUUGCUGCGGGCUAUGCAGACAUUUGUGGAGAAAAGCUUCGUUUACCUACUGGGGUUUGGAGUUGUGGCUUCAUGGCAGGGCAUAUGGCACUUGAUGGAUGUAUACCUUUUACCAGGUUGGUAUUGCUCUUAUUGACUGGCUUAGCAGUCAACAUAAGGGCUUGUGUACAAUAGCAAAAUAAAAACCCAAAAAUAUCAAACCCCACACCAACCAGGUAAAAAAAAUAUAUGUAUCUCACUAAAAGUCACAGUGGCAAAUUCUUGUGAGAAACAGCAUGAUAGAUAUUUCCUGAUACAAGUUUCUAGACUAAAGUCUUCUUGAGUCUAUUUCAACAAAUUGUGACCAGUUUGAAUUUGAACAAAUUGUUUUAGGGAAAGUAUCCAUCUCAGGUACAAAAAUCUUCACAACAAUAUUCCAUGCCACUCAAAGUGAAUUAUGGAAUGUCAAGUUGCCAAAUGUGUCUUAACCUUACCUGAGAUCUACAUAAUCAAAAGCAAUUGGAAAACUCAUCUCUCUCCCUUUCAGGAUACUUCCCUAAAAGUGCUAUGAGUGUGUUGCAAAGUGUCUGAGAUUCUGAACCUGUUCUGGAUAAAUAUGCAGCUCAAUUAUUCACAAAAAUGUUAUGUCUAUUUCAAAAUUAGCCUGAGCACAUUUUAGUGACAAAGUGACCUGUUUAUGAAUAACUGUAAAUUCAUAUUAAUUUGCAGUUUUUCUUUCACCCUUCAAAUUAGAUCAGCCUAUAGUCAGUGCCUUGGUAGGGCAUUUCGUUGCUGCUGGUGUCCUCUUUCUCUUUCAAGGAAGUCUUAACCUACUUAGUACUCCUGCCACCUGUGCAAUUUCUGACGAGCUAAUGCUUCAUGGGUUUCAUAUGGGGAACUUUUUAAAAAUAAGGUCUGAAAGCUCUAAAGCUGGUGAAAACUAUUCACUAGAGUACCAUCUUCCUGAAGAAAAUGCGAAUUCUAGCCAUGCUGAGAUUUUGUAUAUGAGUACUAUAUAUAAAAGUAACUAACUGCCAAUUUUGUAACUGUCAGUAAAUUGAUAAAUAUUUACUUAGUUCAAAAUGACUAAAGUGAAAC